CGCAAGCGAGUGGAGAGAGGUGGGGAACUAUUUUGACCUAUUACUGUCUGGAUCUAGGGUUUCUUUUCGUGGCAACUUGUUCGUCGUCGACUCAUCAAACCCUAGAUACAACUGGUUCGGACUCUCUAGCAAUCGAUUACAGGGUUCAGCCAUUGAAGCUCCCUCGUUGCAGGUCCACUAAAACUUUGAAGAAUCACAGGCUUCCCAAGGAAAACCCUAAUUUUUUUUUUCUCUCUCCACUCGGACCAUUAUAUGUGUUAAUUUGGAAAAAUUUCGAACGAUGAAUUCAACCGAAAUCUAAAGGGAUUCAUGAGGAUUUCCAUAGAUUAUGCGAAACAAUACAACAAUCGAUUGAUUUGAAGCGAAUUUUGAGAAACCCUAUUUCGUUGCUUGUCUUUGUCGAGUGAUUGAGAAUAUGUAUAAAUCGGUUGUGUACGAAGGGGAUAAACUGCUGGGAGAAGUAGAGGUUUAUCCUCAGAAUCAGAAUCAGAAUCAGAACGGAGGUGAUGUUGAAAUUCGUAUCUCUCACUUCUCGCAACCGAGUGAGAGGUGUCCGCCACUUGCAGUUCUUCACACCAUCACGUCGUCUGGUGUUUGCUUCAAAAUGGAGUCCAAGUCGCACUCACAGGACUCGCCGCUGUACCUUUUGCACUCCUCUUGCAUCAGAGAGAACAAGACUGCAGUAAUAUUACUAGGAGCGGAUGAAUUACAUUUGGUUGCCAUGCCUUCUAGGAUAUAUGAUGCAAGGUGCCAAUGCUUCUGGGGGUUUAGAGUUGCUUCAGGCCUUUACGAUUCUUGCCUUGUCAUGCUGAAUCUCAGAUGUCUUGGCAUUGUGUUUGAUCUCGACGAAACACUUAUAGUUGCUAAUACAAUGCGCUCAUUUGAGGAUAGAAUUGAAGCUCUGCAGCGGAAAAUAAACACUGAGGCUGAUCCGCAACGCAUUUCGGGUAUGUUGGCGGAGGUCAAGCGAUAUCAAGAUGACAAAAUUAUACUGAAGCAAUAUGCAGAAAAUGAUCAGGUAGUUGAAAACGGGAAGGUGGUUAAAUCUCAGUCUGAGGUUGUUCCAGCUUUGUCUGGCAACUAUCAAUCUAUUGUUCGCCCCCUUAUAAGGUUGCAGGACAAGAAUAUAAUUCUGACUCGCAUCAAUCCACUGAUUCGUGAUACAAGCGUUCUUGUGAGAUUAAGGCCUGCAUGGGAGGACCUCCGCAGUUACUUGACUGCAAGAGGGAGGAAGCGAUUUGAGGUGUAUGUUUGCACAAUGGCUGAAAGAGAUUAUGCCUUAGAAAUGUGGAGGCUUCUUGAUCCUGACUCAAACUUGAUAAACUCGAAAGAAUUACUGGAUCGUAUUGUGUGUGUCAAGUCUGGCUCAAGGAAAUCAUUGUUCAAUGUUUUUCAAGAUGGAUUUUGUCAUCCUAAGAUGGCUUUGGUGAUUGAUGAUCGCCUGAAAGUGUGGGAUGAGAAAGAUCAACCUCGGGUGCAUGUUGUUCCAGCAUUUGCUCCGUAUUAUGCUCCUCUGGCAGAAGCAAAUAAUCCUGUCCCUGUCCUGUGUGUUGCAAGAAAUGUUGCUUGCAAUGUCAGAGGUGGCUUUUUCAAAGAAUUUGAUGAGGGUCUGUUACAACGAAUUUCGGGGGCAAUGUAUGAAGAUGAUAUUAAAGUUAUUCCAGCUCCACCAGAUGUGAGCAACUAUUUGAUUUCAGAAGAUGAUGGCUCAACUCUGAAUGCAAACAAAGAUCCUCUUUCUUUUGAUGGCAUGGCAGAUGCCGAGGUUGAAAGAAGGUUGAAGGAUGCAAUUUCUGCUUCCUCAACAGUCCCUAACCUAGACCCAAGGAUUCCUCCAGUCCCAUAUGCAGUGGCAUCCUCGUCUAUAUCAAUUCCAUCUUCAGCAUUCCAAGGCUCAUCCAUGCCCUUUCCCAACAAGCAGGUACCUCAGGUGGCUCCAGUAAUAAAACCAUUAAGUCAGGUUGGGCCUCCAGAAGCAAGCUUGCAAAGUUCUCCUGCUAGGGAAGAGGGCGAGGUACCAGAAUCUGAACUAGAUCCGGAUACAAGGAGGAGGCUUCUUAUUCUACAGCAUGGGCAAGACACAAGAGAUCAUGCUGUAAAUGAACCUCAAUUUCCAGUAAGGCCCUCCAUACAAGUUUCUGUUCCAAGGGUACAGACACAUGGAAGCUGGUUCCCAGUAGAGGAAGAGAUGAGCCCGAAACCACUCAACCGGGUGCUACCACCAAAGGAAUUUUCUUUAAAUUCAGAAAUAAUGCAUAUUGAGAAGCAUAGGCCUCAUUAUGCACCAUUUAUCCAUAAGAUGGAGGGUUCUGUUCCUUCUGAGAGAGUUCUUGAAAAUCAAAGAUUGCCGAAGGAGGCUCUUCAAAGAGAAGACCGGUUGAGGUUGAGCCACUCACAUUCUAGCUAUCAUUCAUUCUCAGGUGAGGAUGUUCCUUUAGGCCGAUCAUCUUCCAGCACUAGGGAUCUUGACAUUGAACCUGGACGUGUUGAUAUAUAUUCUGAAACUCCUGCAGGAGCUUUGCAAGAUAUUGCAACCAAAUGUGGCACAAAGGUGGAGUUCAAACCAAGGCUGGUUUUGAGUACAGAACUGCAGUUUCUUGUGGAGGUUUUGUUUUCCGGAGAGAAAGUAGGUGAAGGAAUUGGCAAGACAAGAAGGGAAGCUCAGCAUCUGGCUGCUGAAGGAUCUCUCAAGAAUUUAGCUGAUAAAUAUCUGUCACGCCUCAAACCCGAUCCUAGUGGCGAUGCAAGUUCUUUUGGGUAUCAAUCACUGCCUAAGGAGGAGCCUCCUUCAUUUUCAAGUUCAUCAGAGCUACCUAGGAUUCUGGAUCGACGGCUAGAGGGUCCAAAAAAGUCCGUGGGCCCAGUUUCUGCACUCAAAGAAUUAUGUAUGAUGGAGGGCCUUGAUUUUUCUUUUCAAGCACAGCCUGCAACUUCAGCUAAUCCAGUUCAGAAAAAUGAAGUAUAUGCACAGGUUGAAGUAGAUGGCCAAGUGUUAGGUAAGGGAGUAGGGUUGACGUGGGAUGAGGCUAAGAUGCAGGCUGCUGAAAAGGCUCUUGGAAAUCUAAAAUCUACACCUGGUCAGUUUUCUCAGAAGCGUCAGAGUUCUCCAAGGUUGUUGCAAGGGAUGUCAAACAAAAGGCUAAAGCCAGAGUAUUCCCGAGUUUUGCAGCGAAUCCCUUCCUCUGCCAGAUAUCCAAAGAAUGCUUCUUCAAUACCUUGAGAAGGCAGGCAGUACAUCCUUAGCUUCUGAAAUAGCUGACUGAUGUAAUAUACAUGGUGCCUUACAAACAGGCACUGUUGAGCCCCUUCUCCAGACUCCAGCUAAUUCACCGACCUUUGGGACACCUGAUCCUGGUUUUAAUUGCAGUGCGCCUGUUGGAUGAAUGUAAUUAAAUUAAUUUCGAAAUCCUUGGAGCUAAGAGAGAUGAUCGAGCUAGCGAGCAAGCAACUGCUGUCCCGAGGGUGUUUCUGACCAGCCAGCCAUUUGCAGGAAGUUGUUUUGGUUUUGGCCUUGCCUGGUCUGGUGUGAUCUGUUGACAACAACAGAGAAUAUGCAAAGCUGGUUAAAACCUUUUUUCUUGGUGGCUGCCAAGACAGAUGGAAACUAUGUAUGGGUUUGUUGGGUGUAAGUAAAUCCAGUUGGGAAUCUGGGAAAAUAGUGUUGAUGAAAGGUAACUUGAAGUGUUUUCGGUGCUGAGUACAUAUGCUGCUGACCAAAAUGGAUGGUCUCUGAUCUAACUGCAGUUCGAUACUGGCUUUGGGGCUUUCUUUCCCUUUUUUUUUAUGAUCAGAGUUUCAGUCGGCGUCUUGAAAGUUUUGGGAAUGGUGUCGUAUUGUUGUCUAGUAGUAGUAGUAGUAGUAGUAGUAGUGUUUUAUAUGCAAAUUUGACGCCUGAGGAUGAAAUGUUGUGGCCAUACCAUGCCAUAUUUGUUUCUUCUUUUGUUGUUUUAAGCCAAUUUUGGCAUUUGGCAUUCUUUAA